CCACUCAGUGCGCAGUGUGUGUCAAAGCCUAGGUAGACAAUGACCCCCAGACUCUGCGCCUACUGUUCCCACGUCCCUUACUGGCUUGCUUCCCUACCUUGGCCGACAACAAAAUCUAAAUCGGAAUCGCACUGGAGAUGGGGUGUAGACCCGGUUAUUACUCUUGGUACUUGGAGGUGGAUGGAAGCGCAGGCGGCGAUAGUGCAGGCGGCGAUGGCUGCUGAAGCUGAAGCGAGGAAAGAAGUAAUGAAGGAAGCAGCAGGGAAAGUGGCAAGGGAAGUAUCAGGCGAAGAAGAAGCAGGUGCAGGUAGGACCCAAACAGAUUACCUGUACCAGGAAGCGAAUCGGAUGAAGGGAGGAAAGAACGCAAGUGGAGAGAAUGGGGGAAACGGAAAAAGCGAAGGUGGGGGAGGGCAAGAAGGGCGAGGAGGGGGAAGAGGGGGGGAAAGACAAGAAGCGGGAGAAAGACAAGAAGCGGGUGGUGGCGAAAGGAGGAAAGAAAAAAACUACAGACAAGAAAAAAUGGAGGGAGGAUGCCACCUCUGCCUCUUGAUCACCAAAUACACCGACCGCGCGUCCCGCGUAACCAAUAUCUCAAGACCAUAUUACCUGCCACCGGUAAUGAAUCCGCGGACUGACGAGUGGGCGGCAGACGUGCCGCUUGUUUUUGGGCGGAGGGGAAUUUGGAGGCCGGGUAGCGAGAGGAAAGAGGAUGGGACGAGGGACAAGUGGGAUUGGAGGAUAGAGUGUCUGAAUAAUAGGGAAUUGUUUGGGGCGGAUUUGGUCAAGGUGCCGGGGAGUUGGUGUCCCAAGUUCCAGCCGCCUAUGGGAUACAAUGAUCAAAAUCCUGAAAAUAACAUCCUACUCUUGAAAGAUUGGUUAAGAUACUGCCAACGGAAUCAUACGCAAUGCCGCGAGAUCAGGAAGACCUCAAUGGAUACCGACACCGAUUUCUUGCCAACUAGACUGCUCGAUGUUCAAGCAUUCGGAACGGGUAAUGGACCACCAUCCCAUCUUGGGAACGACGUCAAGCUCGUCUGCUUGAGUCUAGCGAUGGGCCCAGGGUCAGAUACGAACGAGUUCCCGCCGCCCUACCUCACACUAAGUCACUGCUGGGGACCGCCGGAAAAGCGUCCAGCGACAACAACCAAAGCCAAUUUAACCCAGCGAAUGGAGAGGAUUCCAUUCAUUGAGCUACCCAGGACCUUUCGAGACGCAAUCGAAAUCACCCGCAAACUCGGCCACCGAUAUCUCUGGAUUGACUCGCUUUGCAUCAUCCAAGAUGACGAGCAAGACUGGGCGUACGAAGCCGCUUUGAUGGCCAAGAUAUACUCCCACGCGUUCUGCAUGCUCUCCGCGCUGAGCUCUAAUGACAGCAGCGAGGGUUUGCGUCUGGAACCACUUGAUGAGGACAGUUCCUAUAUGGAUCUCAUGACCACCUCACAUGCAUCUCCCGCUGGUGGCAGUGGUAUUAUAAAAAGCGACAUGGACGAAUCUUUCAUCUGGUUUCGAAUAUCCAUCCACCUAGAGGCCUGGGGCAUAAUCUAUGGCGGCACAUCCUACCACGACACAAUCUCGCCCCUCUGCACGCGCGCCUGGACGCUCCAGGAGAGCAGGCUCUCGCGGCGGGUUAUCUAUUUCGCUAAGCAUCAGGUACUGUGGAUGUGCGAAGAGCUGGAAGGGACUGCUCAGAGGCCGUGGAAUUGCCCUAUCUAUUCUGAGUGGGGCCCGGAGCUGCUAUUCAAGGAGUGGCCAGGGCUUAAGGAACGUCUUGAAAGUCUAACCCUUGUUCAAGACCGUGACGGUAAUCCGGUCCCCUCUGCCGUUACCGUUACUUCUCUGCUCUUGGCUUACCGAGGUGAGUGGAGCUGGUGGGAAAUGGUACGCGAUUACAGCAGCCGGUUGAUAACCAAGGUCACGGACAGACUACCUGCCUUGUCCGGGUUGGCGAAGUUUCAUCAGCGGAAUUACUUUUCUGGUCAGCGAUAUGUGGCUGGGCUGUGGAGCGCCCGGCUGGAGAAGGAGUUACUCUGGGACGUUCGAUCUAACUUGUCGACGCAAAGACCAGCAGAGUUUAUCGCGCCCAGCUGGUCGUGGGCGUCUAUCGAUGGGGCUGUAUAUCUCACUCAGUGGGAUCCUGACUUGAGGUUUAAGUUGAAAGAGAAGAAGCUAUCAGUCGCAGGUGAGGGAGAUCCGGCCGAUGCCAAAGACAAAGACAGGGACAGGGAGGAAGAAGUAGGAAGAGCGAUAUGCGAGGAAUGGGAAGUGGAAGAGAUCAACUUAGUCCCCAAGUACGAUGACCCGUAUGGCGCGCUGAAAGGCGGGAGUUUGAUCAUAGGCGGUGCCCGUCUCGUCGAGGUGGAGUUUUCUACCGAUUUCAUGGAAGUGCCAGACCCUAACUCGUCUUUGGGGUAUGCGCCUCAUUUCGGCGGCUUGAAAAUAGGUGAUCGCUGGGUAGCUGAUCAUGUUCUCGAUAUUAAAGGUGAAGUAGAAGGCGGUUGUAUACUGUGGUGCUUGGCCAUGGAGGAGUAUACCCACUACCGUAGGAUGACAGUGAUACAGGGCCUUAUUCUCAGGGAGGAAAGGCUUAGUGACGAUGAGGAUAUUUGUGUUUACAGCCGGGUCGGAAAGUUUCGCGAUAUGGCAGUGGCAUUAUUCGCUCAUGUUGAACCACGACGAAUCAAGCUAAUAUGAACGAGAGGAGAGAUAUUGCUGGGUGCUUAACUUCUAUUGAGUCCCCCUCACCAGCACCUACCUAGAUAAUGAUUAAGACAUCCCAUCCAACCAAAAAC